AUGUUUUCUCUAGAGAAAACUUGCUACCAAGGAUGGGUUUUUCAUGGUAGUCAAUGCUACAAGUCGUUUCGAGAGGCCAGGCCUUGGCGGGAAGCACGUGAUCAGUGUCGUCUGUUUCCUCACGGUGACCUCGCCUGUUUCGACACUGCAGGAGAUCAACAUCUUGUCCAGGCAGAGGUUAUUUCAGACAUGUCUGAGGGUUACUGGAUUGGACUUCAAGGAAACGAUACAUACUGGAAGUGGACAACAGGAAAUGACAUCAGCUCUUUCUCCAGCUUUAGAGGCGGAUCAAGAAUUUCUAUAGGAAAUUCCACUGAUGACAGGUGCGUGAUGCUGGAGAAUAAUUGGUGGUCUGGGGUUCCAUGCAAUAACAGUCAUUAUUACAUUUGUCAAGCUAGCAGUCUAGACUGCCACGUGGAAUCGGGAUGGGCAACAACCAUUUCAAAACAUUGUAUCAAAACGAUGGCUUCACCCUCUGGCUGGCAUGAUGGCCGCAACACAUGUAGAUCUCAAGGCGCGGAUCUUGCUCGUUUUCACACUAGAAAUGAACUUGAUUUCCUAAUUCACAACUUAAGUUUGCCAGAAAGUCAGUACUGGAUUGAUCUGGGAUCGUCUGGAUAUGAUUGUGAAGGCAUCAACAUCACAGAGGCAAAAGUGGAUCCGUUUUACGACAGCUGCACUAAUAACCAUAUGUUCAUUUGUGAAAUCAGUUCAUGUGCCUCGCGACAAGACGAAUACGGAUGCAAUGCUAUGUUCUGUAUCUCAAGAAACCUCCUGUGUGACGGACGACAAGAUUGCCCGAACGGAAGUGACGAAUCUCUGUCUUUAUGUGAUAAGUACACUACGAAUACGGACCAAACUGAAUCCGUGACAGAACAAAUGACGUCAGGUAUUACUAGUUCACCACAGCGCCGAGAGUUCUCAGAUGAGAUGGCGAUACUACAGUGCCUGGGGAGGAUGCCCGAAAUUGCAAGAAAAGAAUGUCUGAAAGAUCUGCCUGGGAAUUCGUCUGGUAUUAUCAGUUAUAUAGGGGAGAUAACUCGUGCCACAAAUCUUUCGGAACGUGUAAAGGUGUAUUUGGACAUUUAUAACGCCAUCUUAUCCAUCACUGCGGAGAACGGACAAUAUGCCAGUGUUAACCGCAUUAUGGAGAUGUCGUCUGCUCUUGAAAAAAUUGAGCAAGAUUUGACCACCACCUGCCAUUACGACAGGGUGUAUGUCGAAAAUAGAGAGAAUAUAGGGAAUAUUACGAUUAUCAUCAUCAUUAUUGACAAGAAUAUAACAGACAACAGAACGACGGGAAAUGUACAGGAUGGCAUGAUGAGAAUAAGUCCAGUGCUGUCACUUUCUGCCUUCCAGGAAGGGGCGUAUUUGAAUCUGGAACACACAUUUACACUUUCUCAUUACGCAUGGCUUAUACAGAAUCGUUACCGAAAUAACACAAACAAUGGGACUGUCGUGUGCGGCUACAUAGACGUACAUACAGGAUCCUGGAGUUAUAAUGGGUGUUCAGUGCUCCGCACAUCAGUUACAAACACCUCCUGCUAUUGCAAUCACACGACUAACUUCGCUAUCCUUAUGCAAGUAAAAGAUUUCGAGAUGGACAGCAUUCAUGAUACAGCUCUCAGCGUCAUCACGUAUGUCGGAUGUACCGUCUCCCUGGUUACGCAGAUGAUGGCAAUCACGGUUUUUUCCUGCGUCACUUCCUUGAAUUCAGAAAGAAUCUGUGUACAUAAGAACCUGUGUUUUGCCAUUACUGCAGCGCAGUUAGUGUUUCUGACUGGCAUCAAAGCCGUUCAAAUUAAGAUCAUUUGCUCUGUCAUAGCACUGUUGUUACACUAUUUCUAUUCUGCUGUGUUUGUUUGGAUGUUGGUGGAAGGACUACUUCUUUACAGUAAAGUAGUGCAGGUUUUUGGAACUGAAAAAUCCCGGAUUGCAUAUUACUACGCCUUUGGAUGGGGGCUUCCUCUAGUUCUCGUCGUUACAUCAGCAACGGCGAACUGGAAAGGUUACGGAACGUCACGCAGCUGCUGGCUGUCCACAACAGAUGGAACAAUAUGGUCCUUUACGGGUCCCGCGGUGUCUGUCAUUGUGGUGAAUGUCGUCAUCCUUUGGCUGGUGAUGCGAGUCAUUCUGAGUCUGGAACGAUCUGAUGAAAGCCGACAAAUUAAGUCGGGUGUAAAAGGCGCAAUGUUUUUACUUCCCCUUUUGGGACUGACUUGGAUAUUUGGACUAUUGGCUGUUAAUGAGGAUACAAUUAUAUUUCAGUAUCUCUUUGCCAUCUUUAAUUCUCUGCAGGGUUUCUUCAUAUUCCUGUUCCACUGUGUGUGUAAUUCAGAAGUAAGACAGGCCCUCGGAAGAAUGAGAGAAAAAAUCAUUUUGUCAAAAGGAGACUUAGUCAUCAGUUCAGAUAUACAAACUCAGAGUGAUACCACUUUUCCUGCAAAUGAGCGUAAUAUUCCUAGAGGAAAAUCUGGGGCAGCGAGACACUGUAGAACGUCCCCGCGUGUUCAGAUGACGUCAUCUACUCAUGUUAGCAGUAGAGAAAAUAUAGUGCCGCAAGAUGCCCUGAUAUUAGAAGACUUGACACGUGAAAACGACCUAGUCUAUGUAUGAGUGGUGUUCCGUAAUAAUUAUUGAACCAGCUUGCAGUUAUUGUCUACUAGUUAUAGAACCAUGAAAUGAGAAUACGAUUUUACUUUUGCCAAAUGCACCGAGCUGUCAAGCCUAGGUGUGGAAGUAAUACACUCAGUGAUAUUCACACCAAGCUAGCGAAAUCUUGGCCUCUCUGGAAAGUACGGCAUUUGAAAAUGGUGGAGAGGAAAAUCGUUGUCGAAUUAAGUUUCCGUUUUUAAAGACCAUUGGAGAGAUACAAUUCUUUUUUUCUCUUUGAAUAAUUUAGACUGGACAUUUUCUCAUUACUUCUGAAUUAUAAUCUGGAUUUUUUUUUUAGAUGGUGUAAAUUCUGACAUGGCACCAGACCACGUAUUUUACGCAGUGUACCAAAAUAAACCUCGAGCAUCAAAUAAUGGAAGUUUUGUUUGUAUAUUGU